CAGUUCUCAAACGAAGCCCUGACAUUACCAAAUCGCCGCUAACAAAGUCAGAGCAGCUUCUGAGGAUAGAUGACCACGAUUUCAGCAUGAGGCCUGGCUUUGGAGGGCCGGCCAUUCCUGUGGGCGUGGACGUGCAGGUGGAAAGCUUGGACAGCAUCUCGGAGGUGGACAUGGACUUCACGAUGACGCUCUACCUGCGGCAUUACUGGAAGGACGAGCGGCUAUCCUUCCCGAGCACCAACAACCUCAGCAUGACCUUCGACGGCCGGCUGGUGAAGAAGAUCUGGGUCCCCGACAUGUUCUUCGUGCACUCCAAGCGCUCCUUCAUCCACGACACCACCACAGACAACGUGAUGCUUCGGGUCCAGCCCGACGGCAAAGUGCUCUAUAGCCUCAGGGUUACAGUGACUGCCAUGUGCAACAUGGACUUCAGCCGGUUCCCCCUGGACUCACAAACGUGCUCGCUUGAAAUUGAGAGCUAUGCCUACACGGAAGAUGACCUCAUGCUCUAUUGGAAGAAAGGCAAUGACUCCUUAAAGACAGAUGAGCGGAUCUCCCUCUCCCAGUUCCUCAUCCAGGAAUUCCACACCACCACGAAGCUGGCCUUCUAUAGCAGCACAGGCUGGUACAACCGUCUGUACAUUAACUUCACGCUGCGUCGCCACAUCUUCUUCUUCUUGCUCCAGACCUACUUUCCCGCCACGCUGAUGGUCAUGCUGUCCUGGGUGUCCUUCUGGAUCGACCGCAGAGCCGUGCCCGCCAGAGUCCCUCUGGGGAUCACCACGGUGCUGACCAUGUCCACCAUCAUCACGGGCGUGAACGCCUCCAUGCCCCGCGUGUCCUACAUCAAGGCCGUGGACAUCUACCUCUGGGUCAGCUUCGUCUUCGUGUUUCUCUCCGUGCUGGAGUACGCGGCCGUCAACUACCUGACCACCGUGCAGGAGCGCAAGGCGCGGAAGCCGCAGGAGAAGCUUCCCUGCGCCUGCGGGUUGCCUCAGCCACGCGCGGUCCUCCUGGACGGCAGCUACAGCGACGGGGAGGUGAACGACCUGGGCAGCUAUACCCCCGAGAACGGAGACAAGCCCGACAGGAUGAUGGUGCAGCUGACGCUGGCCUCGGAGAGGAGCUCCCCGCGGAGGAAGAGCCAGAGGAGCAGCUACGUGAGCAUGAUUGACACCCACGCCAUCGAUAAAUACUCGAGGAUCAUUUUCCCAGCUGCAUACAUCUUAUUCAAUUUAAUAUACUGGUCGAUUUUCUCAUAAAUGCCUGUAAUUCUAUGCAUUUCACAUUCUUCUGUAUGUACUACAGAAAUAAUUGAAUGAUGAGACAUAAUUUAAGGUUAUGAUGAAAAGAAAGUUCCCAGUACCCACCCUUCUCCAGCUUUCCAAAACUACACUGACAAGGCACUUACUGGUUUAAUGUACACUUAUUAACCGCUUAUUGUAUACACAGCAUUAUACUCGGUACUGCAGGUAUAGAGACACCCGUAGCAACUGAUGACAGUUGUUACUGGGAUCUCUUAGAAAAGCGCACUGCUUUGCUAAGAGAAAAGGCACACUGGGGUGGGGUAGGCACUCUUUAGUUCAGCCUCUUUUAGACUCUAGACAUUUAUUCAUAUGAACCAUAUCCUUUAUGUGAGCGUGACUCUAUCUCUGGACCAGGUGCAUCUGGGAAGCACCUGAAGUUCUUUUGUU